GGGAAGCCAAGAUGGCCGACUUCGAGGACCGGGUGUCAGAUGAGGAGAAGGUACGGAUAGCUGCUAAAUUCAUCACUCAUGCACCCCUUGGUGAAUUUAAUGAAGUAUUCAAUGAUGUCCGACUACUACUUAAUAAUGACAAUCUCCUCAGGGAAGGAGCAGCACAUGCCUUUGCCCAGUAUAACAUGGAUCAGUUCACACCUGUGAAGAUAGAAGGCUAUGAAGAUCAGGUUUUGAUUACAGAACAUGGUGACCUGAGCAAUAGCAGAUCCUUAGAUCCAAGAAACAAGAUUUCCUUUAAGUUUGAUCACUUACGGAAAGAAGCAAGUUACCCCCAACCCGAGGAAGUAGAUGGCGGUCUGAAGUCUUGGAGAGAAUCCUGUGACAGCGCUUUAAGGGCCUACGUGAAAGAUCACUAUUCCAAUGGCUUCUGUACUGUUUAUCUUUGUUUAUUUAACAUGUUCUUCAACAGUGAUGAUGGUAUCCGCGAAUUCAGUGAUGAUGACAAUGUCUAUGCUGAUACCCUCACAUCAGAGACAUCUGAAGCUGUUUGGACACACAGAUGA